AUGUGGGCACUACACGAGCUCGCCGAGAAAGCCAAAAGCCGUCGCAUCACUCCGCCAGAUGGUCCUUCAUCCUCAGCGUCAGUACCAGCGAAACGUCCGCGAUCGCCCAAUCUCAAUAAGCAGCCCACCUCCCCCUUAGCCAAGGAUGGACGGAAGAAGCACAAGCAUACUACCCGGGAGAACGAGGAUGAAGGUACAAAGCACCAGAGCAAACCGUCAGAUAGGUAUGCGUCGGACGAUGAUCAGGGAGUGCCGCCUUGGGGAUUCUCGCCUGAAAUAGUAGACAAAUUUCCAGCUUUGACGAAACGCAACUUCUGGUGUAUACAAAGACACUCUGCUACAGCUCUACAUUACGAUCUUCGAUUACAGCUCGACGGCAAGACGGUAUCGUGGGCCGUGCCGAAAGGGCUUCUAGGUAUGUCGAAGAGCGGCGAGUCCAGAAGAAUGGCAGUGGAGACGACAUUACAUUCCAUCGAGUACACAAUCCACGAAGCAAUCAUAGCUUUUGGUCAAGGCCGGCGAGGGGGCACUCAGCUCUGGGAUAUUGGAGAGUACACUAUCGACUAUCUUCCUUCUACCUCGGACGAUGGGUACGAAACAGAAAAGGAAAGAGAAGCUGAAAUAUGGGGCGUGGAAGAAGCGCAAUCGCGCAAGAAGGACAACCUCAUUCGGCAGCCAGAUGGUAGAGAUCAAGAAGAUCUCUUUCGGCAAGCGUUAUAUCGCCCAAUCACCCAAGGCAACUCUCGAAGCAUCCACUUUACGUUGGAGAACGGUCGAAAGGUACCUUAUAUCCUCGUCCUCAGCAGCAACACCUACGGCAAGACUGUGAUCUCCAGCGACGGCAAAGAGAAAAAGACGUGGUUCAUCAGUCUUCCGCGUGGGGUAAACGAGUAUCCAUGGGAUCGGGGCGGUCAGGACGGUGAUUUCUAUGGGCGGAGUGUAAAAAGUGGUAUGACGUUCGAGCAAGUAUGCGAGGGGCGUGCCGACACCUAG